CACGAAUUCUGUUAUUUUAUUGUAGAAAAAAAAACCUCCAUUGUUGUAGGAUUGUCUGCUAUCAUGCCUCAGAGUACCUCAUGGCCUCCGCGGGUUCUCCCGGAGUGGCGCCGACUGUAGGCGAAGUUGCGCAUGUUAUGUUCCGAUAUGUUAAAAUCUGAAUUUACUGAUUAUUCAUAUACGUGAUCCCCUUUCUUUGUAUAUGGUAUUUUGUUUAUUCGUAAGCGCAAGUCGAACCUCAUCUACGUAUUAUUGCCAGUGCCAUCUAGUUAGCAGCUCAAUUCGCGCACGUACUAUUGGACACAGCCCACUAAGGCUACCUAACCGAUCUAUAUGCAAUGUGGCACAGGGCAUUACGCUAAUGACGGGCUAUUUUAAAAAAUAAAACAAAAACACCGAAGCACACUAAAAACAACUAAUUUAAUAGAUUCAGACAACCAUAGAUUCAGACAACCGUAGCUCCAAUUGGGCUAGUUUGGGAUGUGGCCAACCAGCGCACGGGUGUUGGGGAAAUGGUGUAGGGUAGGGCUGAUCAAAGAGUGCCCGUCAUAGCCCCCAAGCCAUGUCUCCAAAAGCUUCACAUGACAGCUGCAUGCUGCCUUUUUUUUUCUUACACGUGUUUUUCGCCCGCGUCGAACAAAGUAUCAUCUACCAUAGCCGACACGCUACGGUAAAGACAAUAUCUUAAUUUUAUUUUUAAGAUACCCCUCGUCCGCUAGCACCGUGCUUCACUGCGUCUGCCAACCCCCUUGACCGCCCCCAACAAAAACAUAAAAGAGCUUAGCUCGCGAGUCGACGACGUCAGACGAAAAGCCAUACACUGCACAACACGAUCGCGAUCCGAACAGCAUGUCGAAGCGAGCCGGAAAGAGUACCAUCGGAGGUCUUGACAAAGACACCAAGAUGCCGACUUCGGAAAAGCAGAAGACGCUGCUUGCUGCCGACGUGGGACAUUUCUCACUUGUAAGAGCACUGCAUAUGGCUGAUUUUAUCACGCUGAUGAACGGAUUCUGCGGAGUCAUGUCUGUCUUCUCGUCGCUGCGACACUGUCUCGAUAAGCCAGGCAAUGUUGGCAACGCGUGGCUUGCGCUAUACUUCUUGCCCUUUGGCCUGUUCUUUGACUUCUUCGAUGGAAAGGUCGCUAGAUGGAGAAAGAAGAGCAGCUUGAUGGGCCAGGAACUUGACUCGCUUGCCGACUUGAUUUCAUUCGGUGUCGCCCCUGCAAUGGUUGCCUUUGCAAUUGGGUUGCGAUCGACUGCGGAUACCGUUGGAUUGACAUUCUUUGUUCUGUGCGGCUUGACCCGUCUAGCCCGAUUCAACGUCACCGUUGCCGUGCUGCCAAAGGAUGAGACUGGCAAGAGCAAGUACUUUGAAGGUACACCGAUCCCGACGUCGCUUGUUCUGGAUGGUGUCAUGGCAUAUUGGUUGCACAAUGAUUGGAUCUUGGAAAACAUCCCCUACGGUCUCUGGGCCCAAGGAACGUCGUUUGAGUUCCACCCUGUUGUAUUGGCAUUUGUGCUGCACGGCUGCUUAAUGACCAGCAAGACCAUCCGUAUCCCCAAGCCUUAAGCUGGGGUAUAAGCUCGAACGUGGUUCAGUAAUCUUGCUAAACCACAGUGAACUACAGAAGCAACUGCAAAUAGACGCAGGUUAAACUGCUGUAUUUGCUUUACAGCACCUGCCCCCUCCCCAAAACAGAAUAUGAUACCUUGAAUACGAUGAUGCAUAUUUGCGUUCUGCUUUAUACAGAAGUUUGUCUUCUUUUCACACGCGAUGACUAAUUGCCUUGUUCAAAUGAUUUACUUUCUUAAGUUAUAUGUAACGUAGAUCUAAGGUCCUGUGAUUCGAUAUUGGCACAUGUACUGGCGAACACCCAUGACAAGAAAUAGACGUUAUGCAAAAGGGAAAAACUCCCUAGACCAGAUCAAAAUAACACGUAAUAAGCAAGAAGCAACCGUAAACGCCGUUUGUUAUACCUCCACCCCACGAUUCCCUUCUGGCUGAGUAUCGUCUCUCAACGAGUCAUAGAACCAACCAUUGAAACAAAAUCGCAACGAAUUACCCGCCUGGUUAGACUUAUCGACCACCGCGGAAGCCACCACCACCACGACCGCCUCUGCUGAAGCCGCCGCCACCGCGAGAGAAGCCGCCGCUACCACCGCGACCUCCACGGCCACCGGCACCACCGCGACCACCACCGAAACCACCACGACCACCACCGCGACCACCGAAGCCGCCACGAGGAGCACCACGGCCACCACGACCACCAAAACCACCGCGGGCGCCGCUGCGAGCUCCACCAGCACGCUUUGGCUUGGGAGCGCCAGGGGCAGGCUUAGGCUUCGGCAGGAAGCGGUCGAGAGGAAGUGUCUUUGCAUUAUCGAUGUAAAACUUGUCACCCUCCUUGAAAGAAGUGGCUUGGAUGCCUUCGGUAGGCUUGAUGGUGAAGUAGACGUUGUUGAUGGGGCCGAGGAUCUCAUCGACACGGCCGACAGAUGUCUUGUUCUCGAGGAAGAUCUGGGCAUUGAACUGGGGCACACGAGGAUUCGUUGACUCGCAAACCAUUUCGCCCUCGGUGGCGUGCAUGAAUGUACCCAUUU